GACUUUGACAGAAUUUCAACUGGACAAAUUUGACAAAAAUUUUCAAAAUUGAACAUAAAAUUGUAAAAAUUUGACAAAUUUGACAGAAUUUCAACUUGACAAAAUGGACAGAAUUUUCAAGAAUUGAACCCAAAAUUGUAAAAAUUUGACAGAAUUUUCAACUUGACAAAAUGGGCAUAAUUUUUAAAAAUUUAACAAACACAAAAAUUCAGAUAAAAUUACCUAUCAAAAUAUCAAAAAAGUUGGCAAAAUUUACAAAACUUCAAAAAUUUGACACAUUUGACAAAAUGUUGAAAAUUUGGCAAAUUUGACAGAAUUUUAACUCGGCAAAAUGGACAGAACUUUUAAAAAUUUAACAAAAGACAAAAUUCAGAAAAAAUUGUCAAAAUAUCAAAAUAGUUUGCAAAUUUGGCAGAGUUAAAAAUUUUUUACAAAUUUGACAGAAUUUUCAAUUUGACAGAUUUGACUGAAUUUUUAAACAUUUAACAAAAGACAAAAUACCGAAAAAAUUGUCAAAAUAUCAAAAAAGUUGGCAAAUUUGACAGAAUUAAAAAUUUUUUACAAAUUUGACAGAAUUUUCAAUUUGACAGAUUUGACUGAAUAUUUAACAAAAGACAACAUUCUGAAAAAAAUUGGCAAAAUAUCAAAAAAGUUGGCAAAUUUGACCAAAUUUCAAAAAUUUGGAGAAUUUGACAGAAAAUUGUGAUCCGUUGAAGUGAAGGCAGCAGUGGCAGCACAAACAUUCAACAAAGAAGUGUUCAAAUCUUGAAAGAUUGCCAAAAAAAAAAAAAAAGGUAAUGAAAAUUCACUGAAAUCUUCCGAAAAAGUAUCAAAAAUAAAUGUUAAAUGUUAAAAUUAAAAACACUAACAAGUUGAAAUUAGACGUGAACACAUUCAAACAAGUAUACACUAUACAAGUCCCUAAAAAUGACCAAAAAAGAGUACCAAAUAAAAUGUUGUUGAAAUUUGCAAAAAAAAAACACAUUUCAAAAAAAGUUGUGGAACGCUUUGAAAAAAAAAACAUUGAAAUUUGAAAUUUGAAAUCAGUAGGUAAUCAGCUAAUCACUAAGAGUAUUACACUUUACACUACUACCACUGGGUUUACCCCAUGGCCAUUUACAUGAAUAACAAUAAUAAUUUAUUAUUACUUAAUCAAUCUGCUAUUUGAUAAAUUCAAAAUUGAUACACAUCAUUGCAUAAUGUUCGAUAUUAAGUAAAAUAUAAAUUUUAAAUGUUUAAAUUUUGCAAGUGUUCAUUUUGGAUGUGAAAAACUAAAAAAUAAAAAUAAAAACAAAAACACUAAAAACAGGGGGUAAAAAAAUUCCAAAAAAAAUUCCAAAAUGAAAAAUUUUGGUUUAGCCAUUUGGUCACGACGAUGAACCAAAUCAACGAACGAGUGUAUGGGAACUUUGAUUCUUUUAUUUUGUAUGUAAACAAACACCGAAUUCUCUUAUCAAAAUCCUCCUGAUAAUAAUUUUGUGCAUGUGAAUGUGAAAUGUUGAACGAUAUAUUUUUUCUCACACAUUUCGAAUAAGAUUUACCAAUUAUUUAAACUAAUUUUCGGCGAUAAUGCGAUCUCUAAAGCUUUCCCUAGCUUAUCGAACCAUGUACAACAGAAGCUGGAUUCGUUUACGUCUCCCCUUACUACCCAAAAUAACGCAUCCAUCGUGCUACCAAACCGGCAUCUAUUCUACAACACCAAACAUAUUCCAUUUCUAUUGCACUAACGCUCUAGCAAACACCAGCCACUCUACGGUUUCAUCUCAAGAGACCGACACGAAUAUGAAAUCCGAGCCAUGUAUCGAUAUCGCCGAAAUACCUAAUCUAACCGACAACCAACUACUCGAGGUGAUAUCGCAGCUUCGAGACUAUUAUCUGACCACCUUCGCUCCUGGAGAACUUAAACGCCGGGCUCGGUCACCUUUAGUAAAAGCUAUCGACGAAGAAUGUAUCCACCGUGGUAAAAGAACUUGGGAUCUGGAUAAAACGAUCGAAGUAAUCGAUAUGUUCCAUCCUAGAGGAUUCUAUCUGUGCCCUAAUCUGUUAUUUUGGGCGUUGAAAAUGAAAUUCAUGAAAGCCAUGAAGUCUCCUAGUCCAACGAUGAUGAAAUACAUUUCAGUGAUAGAAAAACAUAAAUUUUGGACGAAAUAUAAUCUGAAAUUAUACUCGUUGGAAUUCACGUUGAUUAAAAAAUUGCAUCAUCUUACACUACCGGAGAUCUCGGCUGUGCUGCAUAUUAUGAAUUUACAUAGGGGUAAAAUAGUCAGCCGAGAGUUAUUGGCCAAUAUAUACGAUAAAUUAAUGGAAGGAAUCGACCAACUCGAUUCUCACGUACUGAGCACGUUCCUGAAAUUUUUCAGUCAUCAGUCCAUCGACGGUAUAGAUUUCACUCGGCUAGUCGAUCACUUACUCGUUAGAUUACCCAGCUCAAACGCCUCGUUGGCCGGAAGCGCUGCUAGCUUUUGCUGUCGUCAUAAAAUCGACAACCCUUUGGUACUGGAUCAGCUGGCUGCGUAUUUAUCGAACCGACUACCGAAUAUUAAUAUCGUCGAGCUAGAAACCAUCGUGCAAACAUUGGUGUUUUUCAACUACAAUUCUCCUAACAUUUAUCAACAAGUGAUCGAUAACUUCGAAGUGGAGCCUCUUCGAAGCAACGUAAUCGAGCAUCCUAAACGUUUAUCGAAAAUUCUCGGUAAUUUGUGUUUGAUCGAAAUUUACCCUUUCCAGUACGUAGAUCGUGUUCUUAGUAAAGAAUUCCUGCACGAGACAUUCGGUAAAAAGCUCAACUAUCAUAAUGUUCUCAGAGAGAUCAUGAUUUUAGACGGCUGCGUUAAAGCGGAAUUCCCCCAUUACGAAGGUAAUAAAUUGGACGAGAGUUUGGAAGAGAAUCUGUAUUGUCGGUCGUCGUCUCAUAUCCAUCAUUAUUUGCAAACCGAAGGCGAUACAGUCAUCCCUGGCAAAUCGAUCGCCCAUGAUGAAUUUCACUACCAACCUACGUCUCAUAAUAAAACCAUACUGGAUGCUCGUAGAAUUCUCAAGAGUAUUUUCACCGGCGGCGAUUGCGAUUCCGAAUCCGAAUACGUUCAUACUUGCUACGUGUUGCCUUUUUUGCCCAGACCUGAUUUGCUGUUUUGUUUAGAUCGUGAAAAACGUGCUGCUGUGAAGUUAGGAGAUGAGAUUUUGAAUUCUAUUCGAGUCGAUUAUAGAAAAUUACGAGAUGAAUGUGUCGAUUGGUACGUAGUGAUGUCUAUUGGUCUUCAUUCCGAUAUUGUGGAAGAUGGAAAUGUUGUAAUUUACGGUAAAGAUAUCGCGAAAGAGAGGAUUUUAAGUAAACUCGGUUUUAAAUUGAUUAAAAUUGUUCCUGAAAUAUGGUUCGGGUGGUCGGAAGAGCGGAGAAGAGAUUACUUGAGGGAAACGAUGAGUUGAACUUUUAUUUUAUUUAUUGAAUUAUUUAUACUAUUUUGCUUAAACUGUUGUGUUAAAAUGUUGAAAGUUUUUUAAAUGCUGAAUUUAGAGCAAUAAAUUUUCAUAAAAUUGUU